AUGACUUCAUCCUCACUAAGAGUUGGCUGGUAUGGCCUUGGAUCGAUGGGCCUAGGAAUGUCCCUCAAUCUCCAAAAAUAUCUCCAGAGCAAUAAUUUGUCGCCACUUCGGUACAGCAAUCGCACUUUGUCGAAAGGCGAUAUUCUUCGUGAUGAGGGAGCCAUACCCGAAGAGAAGUUCGAAGAUGUUGUCCUGAAUUCGGACAUAAUCUUUACAAUGAUCUCCGUUGACGAUGUUCUACUUGACCUAUUUAACAAGGCACUGGUCGCAGGCGAUUCAUUGAAAGGCAAGAUCUUUGUGGACACUUCUACUAUUCACCCAGACACCUCAGAAUGGGCUACAUCGCGCCUCAGUGAAUAUGGAGCAGUGUUCAUAGCUGCUCCUGUGUUUGGUGCCAGCCCUGUGGCAGCCGCCGGGAAGCUGAUCUUUGCAGCAGCUGGACCUGUCACAGCAGUUGAGACAAUCAAACCUCUUAUCAUGAACGUCAUGGGACGCAGCAUCAUUGACAUGGGUGAAGACGUGCGAAAAUCCAGCCUUCUCAAAAUAUCUGGAAACAUUCUCGUUAUCAGUUUCAUGGAAGUGAUCGCUGAAGCGCAAGUUUUUGCCGAGGUGACAGGGAUUGGCAACCAACAGCUGGAAGAAUUCAUUGGGAAUAUGUUUGGUCCGGUGCUCGAAAGCUACUCGAAACGUAUUACUACUGGUUCGUAUGCACCGCCGCUGGACACAACUCCCGGAUUCUCAGCAGCCCUUGCAAGCAAAGACAUGAAACACGCCCUCUCCAUUGCCGCUAGUCAUUCAACUCGUCUUCCAACCCUUGAAGUUGCAUCGGGUCGUCUCUUGACAGCACGAGAAUAUGCUGGUGAAUGCUUGGAUAGUUCGGCCAUAUAUGGAACAGGGCGAAUGGAAGCGGGUCUAUCUUUUUGGAGCAAAAACAGUCGACAGGGAAACUGA